AUGGUCUACGGCCGGCUGGUGGAUCCCGACGGGGACUUCUUCAUCGGGCGCGCGUGGCACCACCACCCUCCCUGGCGGCCCGGCUCGGCCCUGCACGGCGGCCCAGUUGACGAUUUCUCCAAGGACAUCGGCGGGGCGGCGGCGCAGCGGGAGUGGUUGAGCCUCUUCUACCUCAGGCCGGAGGCGGUGCCGAACACCGUCCUGAGCCUGGACACGGCGAGGAGGGUGCUGUUCGCAGGCCGGGCGAGCCGCGUGCUGCUGCGGGGCGGGCGGUGGUCCGCCGCGCCGGCGGGCGGCGGCCCCGACCUGGCCGCCAUCCAGGACGACGUGGACGCCCUGCUCGGCUGCUUCGGCGCGAUGAGCCCGCCCUGCGUGGCCGAGCGCGCGGUGGAGCGCAUCCGCGCGCGCGUGUCCGAGAAGCUGAGGCGCCUGGUGGUCGAGGAGGCGGGGCUCGCGCAGCACCUGGCCGCCCUCAAGGGCUUCUGCCUCCUGGGCCACGGCGCCUUCUACCAGACGCUGCUGGAGGCGGCGAGGCCGCUGCUCCGCCGCCCGCCGCCGCCCCAUGCGGAGGCGGAGCUGGCGCAGGGCCCCUGGGCGACCGCCGUGGCCGAGCUCGAGACGGGGGAGGGGUGCAAGGCAUUCGCGCACACCCAGCUGCACCUCAAUCCCCAGCUCGCGCGCCAGCUCGCGCUGGCGCAGGGGCACAUAGCAUUCGCGCACACCCAGCCGCACCUCAACCAUGGGGACGAGGAACGCGAGUGGCUCCCAGAAGGUGGCCGCGCCCCCCGCUCCUUCUUGUUGGAGCGCUCUCUCCGGAGCGGUGCGCCGGCGCGGUAG